UGAUUAAUGGCAGCCAUGGACUCUGCCGACUCAAAUGAUGACAUCAUAGUACUGGACCAGUACCACAUGCUCAUCUAUUGCCUCUGCAUCUGCUCAAUUGCACUUUUUGUCUGGUUCCUGGUCCAGAUGAUAACACAUCCCGAGAAGUUCAUUCGGGCUCUGAAUGAGAAUCAGAGAAUGGAGGCCGCGUUGGAGAACGAGGGGAACGUCAUUCCAGGAGGCAGAGUCAGUUUCCCCAGCAUGAACUAUGUGGACUCCUCCUUAGACACGAAUCAGUUUCAUUCAGUGGAUAUCCCAGUCACACAUGUGUCGCCACUCUUCACUGCUCAAUCCCAGACAAAUUUCAAAUUGGAAGUGAACGUAAACAGGAGUGGCACAGAACAGCGUAUAUCAAAUGCAGUAUUCACAACAUUGGCGGCAUACAAUGUGCCCAUCUCAACUGUGACUAGAUUCCUUCACAACUGCAGCUCCCCUCAUGCCAUGCAACUGUUCAACACUAAUCUGCUCAUCCAACCGAAAGAACAUUCGGAAAAUAUUAUGUUUGAGGUGAACAUUAACCGUGACCAGCCAAUUGACAGCCGAUCGAGGUAUCCGCUAACUGUGGUUACAAUGCUGAACAACACUGCAAAUACCUCACAACCUCAUCAAAGAGUUCGUGGUGUUCUAUCUGUUUAUCACAUAAAAAAUGUCUCGAAUACUCGGAAGUCGGCGCUGCUUCUCCAGUCUCUACUCUGUGCAGAGAAUCAGCACUACCCCCUGAAGAAAGUGUACUUGGGGCAGGAGCUAUGUAUUGUGUGUCAGGUGGAGAAGAGUAGUGUGUGUCUUUUGCCCUGUGGACACAUGUGUGUCUGUGACAGCUGCUGUUUCCUCAUCAGGCUCAAAUGCCCUCUCUGCAGAACAGCAGUCACAAACACUAUUUUGAACUACUCACAUAAUGACGACAUACCACAGACUAGUAAUGUGCAGUCUGUGUAAAACAAUCCAUAGUUGCCGAGACACGUUUAGUAGCUGUUGUGAAAUAAAACUUUGGUGAGCUCAA